AUGCGCUAUGCAUUCGACUCCACUAAGCAUCGUUGGAGCUCACAGAACGCAUAUUUGGCCUUCACAACGACUCGCGGUGGCCUACCGAUGUAUCGAACCAUUGCUGCUACCAAGCAGUCGAAGACAAGGCGUGCCGGACACGUAGUGCGUAUGGACGGCAACGGAUGGACAAGAGCCGUUAGUAACUGGAUUCCUCGGGAUGUCAAGCGCACUGCAAAAAGACCACCAGCCGGAUGGUCAGAGUUCUUCACGAAAGCCUCGACUAAAGAUAUGAUGCUCAACUAG